AUGAUUGUAAAGUUCGGCCUGGAUACGCAAUGGUGUACUGUAGAAAAACUUGUGGGAAUUGCGUUGGUGAACUUCUGCGAAGACUCAAAAUUCAUAACAUGCAGCUCUGAAAGGAAAAAAGAUUGUGAUGAGAUGCUCUCAGAUUACUGUCCGAAACUUUGUGGAAAAUGUUAUUCCAAAUCAAAACCAGAUGCAAAAAGAAUAAAAACCAUUCCAGUCACUCAAUUCUUUAAAAACCCAGCCACUAGCACAACGACUACAACAACACGAAGUCCUUCGAUCCGAUUAAAACAACCUAGAAUGUUGCCAAAUGGAACAUUCAUCAAUCCACCAUUACCAAAAUAUGAAAAACUUGAUGACACAACAUUCACAAUUCCCGAACAUCCAACAGUCAUAGACUAUCCGAUUGCUCAUAUGGAGGAGUUGAUUCCCGAGCCACAGAGAAUCUGGCCAGAACCCGAACCUGUUAGGAUUCAACCUAUUAAUGUUUACAGUCCGUACGCAUUUGUUCCAUUACAGCAACACUCUCCAAAUCAAUAUUCACCGUGGUCUCAGUCUCUCGGUCUCACUUCUUCUCUCGAUACUUCUCGUCGAGCCCCUCAGAACUACUACUCAUCAUACUCCCAAUACCCUCAAUAUCCUGAUGAGAAAAUGAAUUCGAUUGCUCCAUCGAGUCCUCCUGCAACACCUUUCGAGAACCCGAUGCAACUAGUUGAGCCGUUCCUAGCACCAGGACAACCAGAUCUCAGUCCAAAGUCUAUGUCUUCUUUAAUUAAUCUUCUUGGUUGUAAAGACAAAGAUGAUAUGAUUUGUAAGCACGUGACAGCUGAUACAUGUCUCUCUCGACCUGGUUAUUAUCUGAAACUGUGUCCGGUUACGUGCAAAAAUUGCAGCGGUUAUCAAUGUAUCGAUUCAAUUAAGAUAGAUUGUGCAGAAGUGAAGGCUCAAGGAGCAUGCAAGCUGUCAGUCGCCAGUGAAUAUUGUCCAAGAACUUGUGAAUACUGUAAUCCUCCGAGUGAUUUGGCACAGACUAUGUCUGAUUGUAAAGAUGAGUUGGAUACGUGUGAACAGUUGGCUGAAAGUGGAGCUUGCCAACAUGAUUUCAGUAAAUCCGCUCUCCGUCUGUACUGUGCAAAAAGUUGUGGAUUCUGCAAGAUUCCUCAAUUCUAUUUUUCUGAUUCUCCUCUCAUGGCUUCAGUGGUCUCUACACGAAAACUGAUGAAGAAUUCAAUGAAUCGAAGAGAUCGAUUCUUGGGAUAA